AUGCACACAAGAGAGUCAGUUUCGUUGGAUCCAUCAUCGCUUAAUGCGAGCGAUUUGCGCCUUAAGCAGAAUGGCCCUUCGUCCUCGUCGAGUUCAGAUUUUGAAAUAGUGCAAGCAUUUAAGAACAAUCAGUAUCCGGCUGGCAUGAACUUACGUUUGACUGUGCCGAAGAGAAACUAUUCAACGGCACGCCAAGAUUCACUUCUUGUUAUGGAGACACCCGUGUUUGAUAAGCACAUCAAACCAAAUAUGGGUCCGAAUUCACCUGGUACAGUGCUCACUGUAGCUGGACUUUUUGCCGUCGGUCUCAUGCUUAUUCUCAGUGGGAUCAUUGUACUUUGUCAGCAAUCCGAGACGCCAUUCGUUGUAACCGGUUCAUUGUUUGUCUGUAUCGGAGCGUUGAUGAUAUUGGUGAGUGCGAUACUGCAACGAAAGAACAUCGUAAAAUUUGUGCUCGAAUUGAACCGUGAUUUGUAUUUCUUGAAUAUGAGUGAUAGUUAUAUGUGGAAGUUGAUGUUCGUUCAGAAGACCCAACUUCCUGAGCCUUCACCCCAACACGCAGUCGCAACAGACUCGUAG